ACAGAAUGUUUUGUUUUUACCUUGCAACUGUUUUAAGUUGUAACUUCAAAAAGUAAAUAAUGUAACAUUCCUUUAAUUAUGCUAAAACAGGUUUACAAUUUGCCGAGUCCGUCAACGAAACUUGUCAAUACCCAAAUUUUUCUGAGGUUGCCGCUACUCUACUACGUGAUCAAAAUCACCAUGCGCUCAACCCCCACCUUGUUCAGCCACUUCCACCUUUAGCCCCAACACGUGGUCAACAGGGAUUUGUUUGUAUACGGAAACUCCUGUGGUUUCACUGCCAAGUUUUUCAGAAUGUAAAUAUGAAUCACACGCUAUUCCGUCACACUGGGAUAAUCGAGAAAUGCCAGCAGAUAUUUUUCCCUCGCAGCACACCUCAACUACGGUAUGACCAACGUUCUACUUUCCAACAUCCAGCAAAAGCUAUUUUCGCAGUACACUACACAGUGUGAUAAGUGAUAGAUUUGUGGAAACGGAAACUGUAGAGUUCAUUUUCCCCAGAGAUACCGGGAACGACUUGGUGUAAAAGCAAGUGAAACACGAACGAUCAGGGUGUUUGAUGUUCAAAGAACAGAUUUACCUUUAUAAGGAAGGAAUUGUAGUGAUACUAAAUUGGCUACUUCAUGUUACGAAAACAUAACUUUGUUAUAUUUUAUUUUAAUACAAAUACAUAUUUUGAAAGAAAUAUCCCUGUUCGUGAAAAUAAAUGAACACCACCUACAUUUCCGCUUCGUAAAUAAACAAAUCGCAAAGGUGCUAAAAGAUAAACAUUUUCGAAUUUUCUGUAAAAUAUUCAGUUUAAACGUGCAAGUCAAAGAAAUGGCCGAAGUGACCAUAACCCAGUCAACAGGGGAAGACGAUCAACUAAACAGAUCCAACAGAGAAGCAUUAUUGAGGUUUUUUAGUGUGGACUCCAACAUCAACAUGGCCUGUAAUAUUUCUACUUCUUCGCCACCAACGUACAAUUUUUACAGCAAAGAUUUUGUGCUAAAAAUUACUCAGUUGGCGACUGGUAUUAUUUGCGUGGCUUUUUACACUAAAGGAGUAACUAUAUCGGCAGAGACUUUACCUUAUGUGUGUUUUCCACAUGUGGUUUUUGGCAGCUACAUAAUAAUAACUUCUGUUAUAAUUAUGAGUUACAUAUUCGGCCAAAUUAUGCCCGAUGUUGUAACAAGGGCGUUUUUGUCAAUCGGAAUGAUUUUAUAUUUUAUAUCAGCCACAAUUUCAAUCACGGUAUGGUCCAGUAAAAAAUCCCUUACGCCUGAUAUGGAUAUACCGCAAGCGCUACUUCUUGCGCAGGCUAUUUUAAGUUACGCAAAUUCUUUGCUGUAUGGUCUCGAUUUGUUUUUCAAUAUUAAAAAAGCUGUGAACUUCGAAGUGUAACUGUUGCACGGUUACAUUUUUAGAACUUAUU